GCGCCCACUCUGAUAAAAAAAAAACAUUCGCUGGCGGCUCAACUUCACAUUCACAUCGAACGCAACAAGAUUGAUGGGCUAGGCUUAAGCCUAGGUAAUUUUUAUUAUUGAUUGGUAUUCCUGUAAUAGUGUUCAUUUAAUCAAGUGUUUUGAUAUUGAUGAGUGUGUUCUACACCAGUGAUGGCAAAUCAGUCACAGGUAACUCUCACUCAAGCUCAAGGGAGUGCUGUCAUCAGACCAGCUCAAGCACCACGUAAAACACUUCUUGAAACAAUUAAGGAGAUAGAAAAACAGAUUGAAAUUCUAGAGAGUGGUCCAAUUUCAGCGAAGCAAGAACAAGAUUUAGUCAAGUUGAAAGAGCUUCUAAGGAGAGCACUUGGGGAACAGGAAAAAUUGCAAAACCAGUGGAAAACCUCUCAACAGACUUCAAGUUCUGCAAAAGGUACUCAAGGGGUGGCCACGACAAGUCAGCCUGGUGCAUCAAUGGCAAUUUCCACGACGCAAUUACCUGUUAACUCGGUAUCUGCACAAAGCAUAGGUGGCGCCCCACCAACUAUCGGUAAAGCUAGUCCCGUCACCUCAGGACAAGAAAAAAUUUGUGCAGCAAUAGGAGCAGUUAGCGAAGCACAGGUUUUGGACAAGAAGAAACUUCAAGAUCUUGUACGAGAAGUGGACCCGAAUGAACAGUUAGAUGAUGAUGUUGAAGAGAUGUUGUUACAGAUUGCUGAUGAUUUUAUCGAAACCGUUGUUACUUCUUCAUGCCAGCUUGCUAAGCAUCGCAAGUCAAAUACCCUUGAAGUGAAGGAUGUCCAGUUAUACCUAGAACGCAACUGGAACAUAUGGGUACCUGGUUUUGGCGGUGAAGAGAUACGAACCUACAAACGGCCCAAUGUCACAGAAGCUCAUCGACAACGUAUGGCCCUCAUCCGCAAAACUUUGAAAAAAUGAACAAAAGUUUCUUGUUGAGAAAUGCGUGAACUGACUGUACUGCUAAGAUGAAAGUGAUACAAAUAAAAAUACUAUUUGUUUCACUACUGCCAUCCGUAUUAAAAAAAUAAGGUCUUAAAAUAUGACCUAUAUAGUAUCAUUGGAUGGUUAAACCAUACUGGGUUGGAUACUGUAUGUCUCCUGAAUAAUGAUCUGUUAAUAUGCAUACAAAAUGCCUGGUUUGCAUCAUGUCAUGGAUUGAUUAAGGUGCGUGAACAUGUAGAGCUUACAUGGUUAAGGGUAUUUUGAACACAUCGUGUACAAGAAUUUUUUUCUGAUCGCUAUCUCUCACAUCAUACAGCACAUGGAAAUUUCAUGAUGGAGAUAACUGAUUAAAAAGUUUGAAUUGACACUACUUUUAAAUGUUUCUCUGAUUACCAGACUGUUAGUGCAAAUAUAUAUUCACUGCAUGACAGAUAAACAAUCAAAAGUAGGCAGGCUGGAGAACAUUUUACAACCACAAAAGUUUGUCAGUUUAUCCAGGUAAAUAUUCACAAAGUAUAAGCCAAUUUUCAGGAACAUACCCACCACUAUAAAGUUACAGUAGCUAACCAGCUGCUUGUAGUCCCUGAAAAGUUGCCAAAAGUCGUUGAUGGCAGUUGAUUUGAGUCACAAUAAGCAUUGCAUAUGUCCCUAAUUUCUUAACAGAUUAAGAAGUAAUGUUGCAGAUAGACCUAUGUACAACUAUGGUGGAAAUCCUCCAGGGUACAACAAAAGGAAGCAUUUUAAUAUUCCAAUAAUUCAAUCCACUCGCAAAUAAUUAACCGAGAUUUAGAACUGCACCAAAGCCAUUCAAAAUUGUAUGGUGCCUUGGUGUUUAUUUGGUCAUUUACGGUAAAACAUAUCUCAUCUUAUUGUACAAAUUAUGUUAAUGAAAAUCAAUAUUAUUAAUAGAUACUUUAACCAACUUUUCAGAAUUUGAAUAAAGAAUUUCAUAUUGAAUACAGAUAUUCCUCUAA